AUGGCGCUAACACAAAAAGCAUUAAAGCUGUUGCGGGGUACACGUCCUCCUCUUGAUGACCCCAAGCGGGUCCAACUCGAGCGCUUUGCCCCGUUCAUCAACAGAGAGGCCUCAACAGAGGCGGAGAUGAGCAGCGGUCCGAGAUGGGAGGCAUUGGAGGACAGUGGCUGGUUUCGGGAGAGCACAGCGACCGAUGCAAUGCCGGUAUGGGAGGAGGUGGAAGUUCAGAGGAAGGACCUUAAGACUCUCAGUCGCGAGGAAGCUGUCCCCUAUCUACCGUCUUCAUCAGUUCUUGCAGAUAAUGGCACCGGCCAGCCUCCACCUCCAGUGUCAUGCUGCCAUGGACCUCGCCUUGGCCAGUGCAUCCAUAACUACGCUCAUGGCAUGGGCGAUAGUCUUGAUCAAGUUCGGAUCCGCGGUGAACGGAUUGGAGGAAAUGGCUACCACGCUAUCGGAUAG